GUUAUCGGCCUUUUAGUAGCGUGUCAGCCUUCAAGAUGAGUAAGAUCAACAGAGAAAAUCUGAGGGAAUCCAUUACAAAUAUCUUUGAGUAUGCUACCAAGACCAAGAAGCGAAAGUUCACCGAGUCAAUUGAACUGCAAAUUGGUUUGAAGAACUACGAUCCCCAGAAGGACAAGCGUUUCUCCGGAACCAUUCAAUUACGUCAUGUUCCAAAACCUAAGAUGAGAGUAUGUGUCCUUGGUGAUCAGAUUCAUUGUGAUCAGGCUAAAGCUAAUGAUUUUCCUUGUAUGGACGCAGAUUCCUUGAAAAAACUCAACAAAGACAAGAAACUUGUCAAAAAACUAGCCAAGAAAUACGAUGCUUUCCUUGCGUCUGAAACUUUAAUUAAACAGAUUCCUCGAUUACUGGGACCCGGUUUAAACAAGGCUGGUAAAUUCCCCACCCCCAUCUCCCACAAUCAGUCGAUUGUCAGUAAGGUCAACCAGGUCAAAGGAACCAUCAAAUUCCAGAUGAAAAAGGUAUUGUGUUUGUCCGUUUGUAUCGGACACAUCAACAUGUCACAAGAAGAGGUCUACACCAACGUCAAUUUGGCUAUCAAUUUCUUGGUCUCCUUGUUGAAGAAGAAUUGGCAGAAUGUACGAACCCUUCAUAUUAAGAGUUCUAUGGGACCUGUCCAGAGAAUCUAUUAAAACAUCUUAAUAAAGAUUACAUGAAGUA